GCAGACCUUGUUAAGCAAGAAUUGACGGGACGCCAGAGGAGGUAUAGCAUCGUCGACGAGUAUGGUGGUGACUGUGUUAAUUUGUGUACGCUGGCGCCCACUCAUUUUGCACCGAAUUCCAUAGCAGCCGAGAAGGUUGAUGCAUUUUUUGAUAAAGUUAUUGAAAAAAAGUUUGGCAUUUUAGAACAUUUAUCGAGUCCAUCAUACGGAAAUUUCGCCACAUCGUCAUCAGCUUUGUCAGGCAGAGAUGAAAGAAGACGGAUGGUCGGCAAUGUUUCGGGGGUUGGGAGCUCGAGUAGUAUUAUGGCGAAUGGUUUACCGCCAAGUCCUGGUUUAAGCGGAUUCACGGGAUAUGCCAGCGGCAGCAUAGGUGCUAGGGCGAGUGGAACCAUCAAGGACAUAUCUUCGGCAAAAAAACAACAAUGGAACGGAUUUCGGUAA